CGACACCACCCCCCAGCGGCCGCACAGGCGCACUGAGCUCCCAACUGCCAUUUUGUGGCAGAGGCUACUCUGCUAACGCGGGAGAGGGAUUAAAACAAACUGCGAGGAAGCCUGCUUUCCUCACCAGCCUGCCAAACUUUGUAGUGUACACUCCCUGCUUUCGACUCAGUUAAACGGGACGAGAAACACACUGAAAAGAGCUUGGCAGGGACAGUCAGACAUUUGAUUCAACAAAGCUCAGGGCUUUCAGCAGCAAAGCAAACUGGACAUCACCUGUAUCAUAACUCUGCAGCACAGUCUACAGAAAUCAUGAAACCGGUCAAUUUAUCAAUGCUGAUCCAGUUCCUACCCAGCAUGGACGGAGGGCCAACAGAGGGUGUUGGGGUGGUGGAGGUCCCAGCCAAAGACUUCCCCUCCAUCCAGGCCGUUCACAGCCAGGACGCCAUGGUGGCGGACCUCCUCCAGCAGGCUGCAGAGGCUGGGGGUGUGGUAGAGGGACAAGCUGGAGUCGUCCUGGAACAAGGUCAUGGGGAAGGAAUGGUAGCAGCCACCCAGGCCCAGCAGCAGCUGAUGGAAGGUGGGGUGGGGGUUGGUGUGGAAGGUGGAGCAGGGGUUGAAAUGAUGGUCAUGGACUCACUGGAUCCCACCCUGUUGCAGAUGAAGACUGAGGUGAUAGAUGCAGCAGUGGGAGGCUCAUCAGUUGUUGGAGGAGUAGCGGGUGCUGCUCACCAAGCAACUGUGACAACAGUGGAUCAGACUCAAAUCAUCACACUACAGGUGGUAAACAUGGAGGAGCAGGCAGCUCUGGGUCUUGGGGAACUCCAGCUGGUGCAGGUGCCUGUUUCUGCCUCCACUGUGGAGGCCCUGCAGCAAGGCACCUUUGUGGACACCACUGCAAUGCCAAAAGACGGUGACCCAGUCAUCUGCCACACCCUGCCACUGCCUGAGGGCUUCCAGGUGGUCAAGGUUGGUGCUAAUGGGGAGGUGGAGACCGUAGAACAGGAGGAGGAGGGAGGAGAAGCCCACCAUGAAGAGGAGGAAGAUGAGGAGGUGGGGAACCAGCUGCUGGAGGAAGGGGAGGAUGAGCCCAUUCAGCCUCCAAACGAUGACCCAAACUGGGCUAAGGACCCAGACUAUCAGCCCCCGUCUGGAGCUAUCAAGAAGACUAAAAAGGGUAAAAAGAGUCGUCUGCGUUAUGCUGAAGGAGAUAAGGACAUGGAUGUUAGUGUCUAUGACUUUGAAGAGGAACAGCAGGAAGGCCUUUUGUCUGAAGUCAAUGCUGAGAAAGUGGUGGGCAACAUGAAACCACCCAAACCCACCAAGAUCAAGAAGAAAGGAGUGAAGAAGACGUUUCAGUGUGAGCUGUGUAGCUACACGUGCCCUCGACGCUCCAACCUGGACAGACACAUGAAGAGCCACACCGACGAGAGACCUCACAAAUGUCACCUGUGUGGAAGAGCCUUCAGGACUGUCACCCUGCUAAGAAACCAUCUCAAUACACACACCGGAACUCGUCCACACAAGUGCACAGACUGUGAUAUGGCUUUUGUGACUAGCGGCGAGCUGGUUCGUCAUCGCCGCUACAAACACACACAUGAGAAACCCUUCAAAUGCUCCAUGUGUGACUAUGCCAGUGUUGAGGUGAGCAAAUUAAAGCGCCACAUUCGAUCCCACACUGGUGAGCGUCCAUUCCAGUGCAGUCUUUGCAGCUACGCCAGCAGAGACACAUACAAGCUGAAGAGACACAUGAGAACACACUCAGGAGAGAAACCAUAUGAGUGCUACAUCUGCCAUGCCAGAUUCACCCAGAGUGGAACCAUGAAGAUGCACAUUCUGCAGAAACACACAGAGAAUGUGGCCAAAUUUCACUGCCCACACUGUGACACUGUCAUCGCACGCAAGAGUGACCUGGGUGUUCAUCUUCGUAAGCAGCACUCGUUUAUUGAGACUGGAAAGAAGUGUCGUUACUGCGACGCUGUUUUCCACGAGCGCUACGCUCUGAUCCAGCAUCAGAAGUCCCACAAGAAUGAGAAGAGGUUCAAAUGUGACAUGUGCGACUACUGCUGCCGCCAGGAGCGCCACAUGGUGAUGCAUCGUCGAACCCACACCGGAGAGAAACCCUACGCCUGCAGCCAGUGUGAGAAGACCUUCAGACAGAAGCAGCUGCUUGACAUGCACUUCAAACGCUACCAUGACCCCAACUUUGUCCCCACCGCCUUUGUCUGCCCCAAGUGUAGCAAGACCUUCACCCGCAGGAACACUAUGGCUCGCCAUGCUGAGAACUGCAGUGGCGAGGUGGAGGAUGCUGAGAACGGAGCUCCAACCCCAAAGAAAGGAAGGAGAGGAAGAAAGAGGAAGAUGAGGAGCAGAAGAGACGAGGAUGACAGCGAGGAGGAUCAUGCUGAACCAGACGAGGAGGAGGACGACGACGACGAGGGCGAGGAGGAGGCAUCACUGCUACAGGAAGAAGAUGAGGCAGAAAGCAUGGAACUGGACCAGGCCCCUGCCGCCAUCCCAGUACCAGCUCCUGACGAGCCACCAGUUAAAAGGAAAAGAGGACGACCCCCCAAGAAUGCCCCCAAGCCCCCAACACCCAGCAAGUCAGUUCGGGUGGCCGCCAAGACAGCUGCUUCUGCUGCUGCCAUCAUCCAGGUGGAGGAUGAGAGCACUGGAGCCGUGGAGAACAUUAUAGUGAAGAAGGAGGAGGGUGACACCUCUGCAGCGACACCUCUGGAGCAGGGAGUGGCCCUCACUGUGGAGGGGGUGGGGCUAGAUGGGGAAGGGGUGGAGACUGUUGAGCUGGCUGUGAAUGAGGAAACAGAAGCUGCUGCUGCCAACGGAGAUCUGACACCAGAGAUGAUCCUAAGCAUGAUGGACCGGUGAACACGUCACACACACGUAGCCGGACUCUGAGUGAAAUUGGCAAAUCCACAUUAAGUACAUUAACCACACCCUGGGCCAUUUCGCCUCCAUCCAAGCUGCUGCACAAAGAAGGGAAGCCGCAUGUAAAUACUUAGACCCAGUAUACGUCUAUAUACAUCAGCCUACACACACACACACACACCAGUGUCAUCUCCUCAUCAUAUACAGAUAUCGUCCAAGCUAAUGAGACUCUGCUCUAAACCCUGUUUUCAGUCUUCUGGAUGAAUCAUUGUGUCUUUUGCUACUUGUUUCUACCCAAAGCCACAUCCUGUGUCAGCCUACCCACACACUGCAGUUCAUCUUCAGCUCCUCUGUCGCUCUGCCAAAAGGAGACGUUGAGAUCUACCUUCACUUUUCACUUUGAUCUUCUGCUGUCCUGCUUGCUGUUCUUACAACUCUGCUGAUUUAGCAAAUUCCAAGCCUUUCUAUGUGUGUAUAUAUAGAUAUAAAUGUAGUUUUUCCAAUCAAACGUAGUAUAUGGUACUUGAGUGUGCCUCUGAGAUACCACUUGCUUUGUCAUAUGACCCCCCCCAAAGUCCGAUUUCUCUUGGCCUGUGUGAACUCAUGGUCCAUGUUGUGGUGGUGUGUGGUAACACUGGGCACCAGCAGAUCAGGUCAGCUGAACUGAAGUCACUUAUGUUUCCAUCAACAUAUUUUUAUAUGCAGACAGAUUUGACGCUAGCUUUAGGUGUUGGAGGUGGAAAGAUUUUUCCUGAGUAAGUUAUGAUGCAGCAGACAUUGAAGUCACAUGACUGAUUGGCUGUUCGUUCAUCAAGAUGGCCCCACACAGAUCUGGUGAGAGCAUGGAUACACUUUUGACUUCCUCUUCUCUGCAUUGUUUGGCACUGGCUCACUGAGCUUUUAAUCCUGACUGCAGACUGCAUGUCUCAUGUCACAGAGCUGUUGUGGAUGAAAAUAAAUUCAUUGUUUUUUUUCUUUCGAUAAUGUUCUCAGUUAAUGGAAACACAGCUUGUGCUAACUGUUCUUCAGCUAUCUAGUUGAUGUGUUUAGCGUCCAUGCUGCCAGCACCCAGCCUCGUUCUCAUGGAAACACGCCUUCAGUCAGCUCAUAGAAAGUGAUACUUGAGAUCGCUGCUGAUGUAGUUUCCCAGCACAGACAUAGAAGAACAUUUGAAGUGCUUCCUGUCUUCUCCUACCAUGAUGGAAGAUGUUUGUCUCUUGUUCCACACUUUAAAGGAGGAAGUAGAUAGUUAGCCAUCACAUAAACCGAAUGAUCCAGUCCACAGAAUCCUGAUUUCACAUUGUACUGUAGUUUUUUUUUUUUUAACAUUCCAAAUUUUAAUUCACUUGAAAUUAUGUCUCUGCAUCCCAAUCAUUUCAAAUCAAUUCACUUUGUGCUCAGCUGUCCAAGACCAGAUUGUGAAUCAGUGUGUUGAUCCCAAAGUAAUCAACUAUUACCAACUGUGGCAGGUGCUUUGAAUUGAAAUCCACAUUUUAAAGCUUUUUUUUUUCUUCUUCAGAUUAUUGGGAAUUCUUAUUUCUGUUUUUAAACAGCUGAUGUUGGAAAUGUGAAGGUUUUCCAAUGAACCUCCAAACUCCCAGUCCUUCCACUGCUCAGUGAACCACUAUCCUCUUUCUGUCCGUGUUCUGUCGCUCACAGCUGUUUGUAGUUGUCACUGCAUUUCAGUCCAGUGGUUUGGCAGAAGCUUUGGCCCAGAUGUGUGUAUUGAAGACUUAAAGCCGUGGAAAAACUUGUAUCAAAUGAAGUUCAGCUAGUUCAUUGUGUUAAUAACAAUAUGGCCACCUUCUUUGUUGACAGGUUUUCAUUCUGUUUGGAAGAUGACUGUUGUAUUUUGUUUGCUGUUCUAUGUAACUUAACAUGGACUAACUUGCAGUUCCACUCAGCGUGAGCUUUCAGUCAUCUGAUACUGAGACAUGUCCUCAUGUUUGCCCCGGCCACUCGCUCCAAAGUAAGUCCUCAUGGUAUGUACACAAACACAGGACUGAAGCACUUGUGUGAGUCGAAGUUGGACCAGUUGAUUAGAGUCUUGUAAAAUUAGACGAGGACUGAAAGCUCUGAAGUGACAGUUUGUCCACAGGUUCUUUAUUAGACCAACCUGUUAUUGUUUGAUGGAACAGAUUUCACCUGUGACAUAACAUUGUCACAUGACCACAGUCCAAAAAAGAAACCAUGGAAACAGAAGAGUGCCAAGAUGCGUCUGGAGAGAAGUGUCUGAAGAAACCAAUGUUCAUGUAUUGAUGUGACACUUAAGUGAGGAGACGAGCUCUCAUUCUGUAACACAAAGAACACAAUGUUCUGUCAUUUGUCAUGUUCUUGUUCUGCAGGUGGAUGGAUGACUUCUUUUCUUUUUGUUUGUUUGCACAUUUGUUUUGGCAGAAGAAUUGAAAGAACAGUUUUAAGAAAUCUUUGUCAUGUCAUCUUUGAACUGAGCUACUGUACAGCUGGUGAGAAAUAAAAUCAUCCUAACAGGUGA